AUGCAAAAACCCAUUUUUUGUAAGAUUGUCACUUUAGGUGAUUACUCUGUAGGCAAAAGCAGUUUGAUAUAAAGAUUUACUAAAAAUGAUUUUACUGAUACUAGAACCUAAACUGUAGGUGCUGAAUUUUCUCCUAAAUAAAUUAUAAGAGAUGGUAGAUUAAUAGAAUUAUAAAUUUGGGAUACUGCUGGUCAAGAAGUUUAUAGAAGCAUUGCCAAACUUUAUUAUAUGGGUAUUUAAUAAUUGCUAUAAAUAAGAUGCAAGUUUUGCUAUUAUUGUAUAUGAUGUAACAAAACCUAAAUCUUUUGAAGUACUUAAAUUUUGGUUGGACAAAUUAUUUGAAGAAGGAAUGGCAGAUAUUAGUAUUCAUUAUUAGAUAUUUUAUAAUAGCCAAAUUCAUUAUAGCAAACAAAAUUGAUUUAGAAUCAUAAGUAUCUAUAGAGGAAGUAAGACAAUAUGCUAAUUCAUUUGAUCCAAAAAUUUAAGUAUUUGAAACUAGUUGUAAAUAGAAUAUAGGGGUUUUUGUAUUAUUUUCAUCUAUUUUAGGAAUUAUUCAAUCAAAUAGGCGAUUUAGUUAAUGAAAAAGAAAAAUUAAAAUAACAGAAGUAAAAAGAAGAUAAACCAGCAAUCAAAAUUGGAGGUUCUGAUAAGAAAAAUGAAGCAUUAAAUUCAUGCUGUUGA